GCCUCGACCGGUAGUGAUUAAUUAACGCGACGUACAAAAACUGAAAUUAAUACAAAGUUACAGAGUGUAAACCGCGUAGCAAAGCGGUGCCAGUGCUAAAGCUCAAGAACUCGGUUGACCGAUUCAGCCGAUUGUGUGAUUCAUCUGUCACAGGACCCAGCCAGACUAGAAUCCGGUAGCCAUGGGCAACAAUUGCUCGAGCAACUCCAAAAUCCAAUCACCAGUGCCCGGUGGUAGAUACCAGCCUGAGAACGCUGGCAGCGAAAAAACACACACCACGCCAACCUGCAUGACCAACGGCAUCGGCAGCCUGAGCACCAUAGCCUCCCGUAAUGCAGCAGUCUGUGGUGAACUGUCAAACGGCAAAGAAGCACUCCGAAGUAAGUCGGCUACAGCAGCGGGCAAUACCAUCUGUAACACCAGCAUGAGUGAAGCAAGUCGUGACCGUCUUGGCCAAUGGCCAGUAGAAUCCGACGCCGAGGUGGCCGGCGGAGUGCCCGGAUUUGCACGUCUACGCAACGGACGCUUCAACAAGGGUCUUGCGUUUACGAUCGAAGAACGGCAACUGUUAGGGAUCCAUGGUUUACUUCCUGCCAACGUUCGCUCCGAGGAGGAGCAACUGAAGCACUGCUUGAUUCUGCUGAAUCGCUACGAGAACGAUCUGGAUAAAUACAUUUAUCUGGUUAGCCUGAUGGAUCGUAACGAGCGCCUGUUUUACCGGGUACUGGCGUCGGAUAUCGGCAACAUGAUGCCACUAGUGUACACGCCAACCGUAGGUUUAGCUUGUCAGAAAUACAGCAUGAUUUUCCAGCAGCCGAAGGGCAUGUACAUCACAAUCAACGAUAAAGGACACGUGUACGAUGUUCUGAAAAACUGGCCUGAGACGGACGUGCGUGCCAUCUGUGUUACCGAUGGUGAGCGUAUCUUAGGCUUGGGAGAUUUGGGUGCCAACGGUAUGGGAAUUCCCGUCGGAAAGCUUGCCCUCUACACAGCUCUGGCGGGUAUCAAACCCCACCAGUGUCUACCAAUUACGCUGGACGUGGGAACCAAUACGCAAAGCAUUCUGGAUGAUCCGCUUUAUGUUGGACUCCGGCAUAAACGUGUCACUGGGGAAGCUUACGAUGAGUUCAUCGACGAAUUCAUGCAGGCUGCUGUUCGCCGUUUUGGCCGUAAUUGCUUGAUUCAAUUUGAAGAUUUUGCCAACUCAAACGCUUUCCGAUUCCUUGAUAAAUAUCGUGACAACUACUGUACCUUCAACGAUGACAUCCAAGGGACGGCAUCGGUCGCCGUCGCUGGACUGCUGGCAUCGUUGCGCGUGACCAAAACUAAGCUGAGUGACAACAAGGUUCUUUUCCAAGGUGCUGGAGAAGCCGCUCUCGGUAUUGCUGAACUAUGCGUCAUGGCCAUGCGCAAGGAAGGCAUGUCCGAGCAGGAAGCCCGUCAGCGAAUUUGGUUAGUAGACAGUAAAGGUCUGAUUGUGAAAGAUCGCCCGAAGGGGGGAAUUUCCGGCCACAAACACCGAUUCGCACAUGAACACGCUCCUGUCGAUACAUUGGCUGAGGCCGUUAAGGAAUUGAAACCGACAGUUAUCAUCGGAGCGGCAGCAAUUGCUGGCGCUUUCACGCCGGAAAUUCUUCGUUCGAUGGCCGAAAUCAACGAGCGACCGAUUGUCUUUGCUUUGUCCAAUCCCACAAGCAAAGCCGAAUGUACUGCGGAACAAGCUUACGAAAACACCGAUGGUCGCGCAGUCUUCGCUUCCGGAUCGCCAUUCGCUCCAGUAACUUAUAACGGAAAAACUUACCACCCAGGACAAGGCAACAACUCAUACAUUUUCCCUGGUGUUGCUCUCGGAGUGAUUUGCGCUGGUGCAGCAACCAUUCCGGAGGACAUUUUCCUCAUCUCUGCUCAACGCUUAGCAAAGAUUGUCACCGAGGCUGAUCUGGAACAAGGCAGCCUGUACCCACCGCUGGAAGCAAUCCAGGAUUGCUCGAUUAAAAUUGCCGUCCGCAUAAUGGAGUACGCGUAUAAAAAUGGUCUUGCCUGCACAAAGCCAGAACCGAGCGACAAGGAGGCUUUCGUACGUUCCCAGAUGUACGACUUAGGCUACAAGUCAUCUCUGCCUGCGAUCUACCCGUGGCCUAAGUUGUAAACUACACAGGUUAUCUUUUUGUGACGUUGUUUUUCGUAUUUUGCCUAGCAAACAAUUUCAAACGCGGGUUCCACAUCUGUGAGCGAUAAGUUGGUUUAUUUGAGGAAGAUUGUAAGAAGAAACACUAUUGUAUAUUGUUUUAAGAGUUGUAGGCUAAUUUAGGUGAAAUGAUUUCUGUCAGAUUUAAAUGAACAAGUACUAAAAUUGUAGCGUUCGUCUUUUGUUUCUCAUUUAAAUUCUGUUGUAUUAUCAUUCUGUUUUGUUUUUGUCAUUGUACGCAUCUGCGUACCCCCUGCAUCACGUAAACCAUAAGAAAAGCUUCAAACCUGUAAUUUAUUCGAUUCAACCUAUUUCGUAAGAUAAUAUCUGCUGAUGAAUAAACUGUAAGAUGUAUGGUAGAACGAUGAGUAACUAAAUGGUAUCACAAAUAAAUGUAUAAAUGGCUAUUAACUCGGUA